AUGAUGUACUCGCCGGACAAGAUGAUGGGAAGCAAGGGACUCCACGGGGCACCGAUCACCGCCCCUGGUUGCUUCCCUUCGGGCAGGUAUUCUCCACCACCAUAUCGUGCCGCACCGGAUCCUAUGCCGCCGCCGCCGCGACGCUGUAUGCCCAAUCCCACGAGUCGUAUAUUGGAAGAUGCAUCCAUAAUGUGCAAUUCUUGGUCACCGAGGCAUAACGGUGACUUAUUCGGGGGCUUGAACAGCGGUCUGCAAGACGGCUUACUUUCAAGGGCGGAGGCUUUAGCUGCGGAUUUGGGAAAGCACAACGCGGGCACUCCAAUGCCUUUGAAACACGAUCCUGUUUCCGUCUACCAUCAUGGUGCUCACAUGCCAACCCCCCAUCCAAAUAACCGGCCGCAUCAUCAGGUACAAUCACACCUCUUUAUGAGUCACCCUGGAAUGGAAAGCUUGGACAUGUUGGAUCCAGCAAAUUCCAUGACAACCUUGACGCCAAUGUCUGAAGGAGCUGGUGGUGGUCCGGGUCAUCACGCAGGUAUACACGGACCUUCGGUGUAUGGUGGAAUGAACGGUAUGAUGGGACAUCACCAUCAUCACGGUAACCUUGGGGGUGGAGGUGGAAGCGUACCGCAUCCUGCUCAUCAUCAUCCAGCAAUGGCGGCAGCAGCAGCAGCGGCAGCAGCAGCGGGUCUUCAUCCUGACGCUGAUACAGAUCCACGAGAAUUGGAGGCGUUCGCAGAACGUUUCAAGCAGAGACGUAUCAAAUUGGGCGUGACACAAGCCGAUGUAGGCAAGGCUUUAGCGAAUUUGAAGUUACCAGGUGUGGGUGCACUUUCUCAAUCGACAAUAUGUCGUUUCGAAUCGCUCACUCUCUCACAUAACAAUAUGAUAGCACUAAAACCGAUACUCCAAGCUUGGCUGGAAGAAGCCGAGGCUCAAGCAAAAAACAAAAGACGUGAUCCAGACGCACCAUCCGUUUUACCAGCCGGUGAAAAAAAACGUAAGAGGACUAGCAUCGCCGCGCCGGAAAAACGCUCGCUCGAAGCAUACUUCGCGGUACAGCCCAGACCAUCCGGUGAGAAAAUUGCCGCGAUCGCGGAGAAGCUCGAUCUUAAGAAGAAUGUCGUCAGGGUCUGGUUUUGUAAUCAACGACAGAAGCAGAAGAGGAUGAAGUUCGCGGCUCAGCAUUGACCCGAGGGUGGCUUGUGACAGCAGAACUGACCCUACCAGUUGCCCAGUCUCGAGCCGAAACCCGAACCCCUGACCGAAUUUCAGGGCUGGCCGUGAAGAUUCAAAAAAAAGUUUUUCUUCGUCAUCUAUUUUCUUUAUCCUGAUCUCCUUCUUCUUCUUCUUCUUCUUCUUCCUCUUCUUUUUUUUCUCCGAUGUGUCUCGAAAAAACGGCCCGAGAUUUCUACGGCUUGAUACUGUGACCAUCUGGUGCAACAAACCAGCUGUCGUCAGUGACACUGUUGCAAGCUGAUAUCGAAAAGUGGCUACGAAAAGCCGCAUUAGACGGUCUCUCUCGACGCGUUGUGACAUUGAAUCUACUUUGUUUCGAUGUGUCGAUGAAAGGACGAUUUUGUUUGGCUCUUUUAAAAAGGGGGGAUUUUCUUCUGUCUUUGUUUUUCUUUUUCCUUUUUUUCUUUUUUUUUUCGUUUCUUUAUCAAUACUAUCUUGCUCAUAAUCGACAAAGUAAAUAAGAUUCAAAGAAAUCUCCGUUCUCUAUAACAACCAGAACAGCGAACACUUCGAUUUUACGAAGCGAUCGCACGAUAAACCGUUUUACGAGCUCGUUUUACCCCUUUCGUCGUCAUCGUAUACGCCUCUCUCGAGCAAAAUGUGUUUCCCCAUCAACAAAUCGAAUCUUUCCGAACUGACUACUUCAGUUUUUUACGAUGAAAAACAUAGAUACGUGCGAGAGAAUCCUCCCUCGAAUAAUCGAUCGAAAAAAUCGAGAAAAUUGAGAAAUCAAGAAAGAAAAGUCCGAAAACGGAAUAAAUGCGUCUCGGAAAGUACAAUUCGAAACAUAAAAAAUAUAAAAUAUGUAUUGUUAUAAAAUCGUCGCGCAUUCAUAUCGCGGCGAAGUAAAAAAAAGUGAUAUUAAUCCUAAUGAUGACGCUCAGUGAAGUGUUGUAAAGAAGUGAACGAAAAGAGAACUAGAGAGAGAGAGAGAGAGAGAGAGAG